CAUCCUCAAAGAAGCACUUCACUGACUUUACGACACAAAGUGGAAUAAGCGACGAAAGAGCGACACUCGCACUACGGAGGUGAUGUGACAGAAGACGUCCUGUACAGUCAGACUACAGGAAGCUGGAGAUGAGGAUUGUGGGAUUGUGGAGGACCGCCGGUCCGCUGCUGGUGAUUCUGAUCCACUCGCUGCCGUCUCUCAUAAAGCCCAGCGAUGCUGGAAAGCAGAAUAUCCCUCGACUGCAGCUCUCUCACUCAGAUCUGAGGUCGAGGAACAGCUCUGCUGUGUUCUGGGAGGGUGGAGAGGGUGGAGCGUACCAGGCCUUACUGCUGGAUGAGGACCGCGGGUGGCUGCUGGUCGGAGGCCGGGACCACAUCUACAUGCUAAACUCUGACAGCUUCACCCAACCGGCACGCAAGAUUCACUGGCCAGCUGGACAGGAACACGUUGAACGCUGCAAAUAUGCUGGAAAGAAUCUAUCGAUGGACUGCGCCAAUUAUGUGAGACUCCUACAGCCCUUCAAUAAAACUCACGUCUAUGUAUGUGGAACCGGUGCUUUCCACCCACAGUGCACCUACAUUGACCUGGGACACAAUCUUGAGAAACCCACUUUCCAACUCCUCAGCCAAGCUGGAGAAUCCGGGAGAGGAAAAUGUCCCUUCAGUCCACAGGAGCCAUUUACCGCCCGACUGACAGAUGGGGACCUGUAUGCUGGGACGUCUGUAGACUUCAUGGGAACAAACGCUGCCAUUUUUCGCACAUCUGUGCAUAGCAGCAAUCAACACUAUAUCCGUACUGAAGCUUACCAGGACCAGUGGCUAAAUGAGCCAGAGUUUGUGGGAUCAUAUUCCAUCCCUGACACACACAGCUUGGACGAUGACAAAGUCUACUUCUUCUUCAAAGAGACCGCCGUAGAGUCCAACCAGCUCGACAAGCGUCUCUACAGUCGAGUGGCUCGUGUCUGCAAGAAUGACAUAGGAGGAAAGCGAAGCUUGAUUAAUCGCUGGAGCACCUUCCUGAAGGCCAGGCUGGUGUGCUCUGUACCAGGACCUGGAGGCAUGGACACACACUUUGAUGAGCUGGAGGACAUAUUUCUAUUGGAGACCAAAGAUCCACAGAAUCCAGUCAUCUAUGGUGUUUUCUCCACUUCCAGCUCUGUCUUCAGAGGUUCAGCCGUUUGCGUCUAUUCCAUGGCCUCCAUCCGAGCCGCCUUCAAUGGGCCUUUUGCGCAUAAGGAGAGCCCUGAUUAUCGCUGGAUGGAGUACAAGGGGAAGAUCCCUUAUCCACGGCCGGGGACGUGUCCGAGUGAAACCUAUGACCCUUUGCACAAGUCUACCCGAGAUUUCCCAGACGAUGUUGUGAGCUUUAUGAGGACACAUCAGCUGAUGUGGGAAGCAGUGAUGCCCAUCCACAGGCGCCCCGUCUUCACGCGGAUCAACGCCCCCUACAGGCUGAAGAAGCUUGUGGUUGAUAGGGUUGAUGCCGAGGAUGGCCAGUAUGACGUCUUACAUCUUGGCACAGAUGAUGGCAGAGUAUUAAAGGUGGUCUCUGUACCUAAAGAGAACUGGGACACUGAAGAAAUCAUUCUAGAAGAGCUCAAUGUCUUCAAGACACAAACCCCAAUACUAAGCAUGGAGCUCUCCACCAAGAGGCAAAUGCUGUUUGUAAGCAGUGACGAGGGGCUCGUCCAGCUGCCUGUGCAGAGGUGUGAGUUGUACGGUAACGCAUGUGUAGACUGCUGUCUGGCUCGUGACCCAUACUGCGCUUGGGACGGCUCCUCCUGUACCAACUACCUGCCUAGCAACAAAAGGCGUGCCCGGAGACAGGAUGUGAGGUAUGGAGACCCCUGGAGCCAGUGUCAGGACAUGAGAGACGGUUCAGAGAAUGCUGAUCUGAAGACGGUUUACGCCGUAGAGACAAACUCGACCUUCCUGGAAUGUGUCCCGCGUUCACCACAAGCCACGAUCAAAUGGAUCAUUCAGCCAAACCACAGCCAAACCAGCAAAGAGUUGUUUCCAGGUGAAGAAAACCUCAUCCACAUGCAACGCGGGCUGCUCCUCCAGCACUUAGCAUCCGCUAACGCUGGCCUGUACCUCUGCGUAGCCUACGAACACUCGUUCUCCCGCACGCUAGCACGCUACGAGCUCCACGUCAUCCCCCAGAACCACAUGUCAAAAGCGCAAAACACACAUCCUGGAAAUUAUGCAGCAUCGCCGCGGAGCUACAAGGAACUCCAUCUAAUGGGAGUUAGCGGGCUAACGGCCGACGAGUACUGUGAACAUCUCUGGUACCGCGAAAAACGGCGACAGCAGAAACUUCGCACGCUAAAGUGGAAGCAAGUGUCUGAAAAUCGCAAAGCGAGAGUUAGACGACAAAAUCCACCAAACGAGCUUCUAGACGGAGGUGAAACAGCAGACUUUUGAUGAAGAGAAGGACUGUGUGAAGGACUGUGGACAAUUAGCAUUGUGUUUAUAGCUUAAAAGCUAUAUCCCGACUAGCUGCAAUCAGCGAAUGCUAACGUUAGCACGACAACAAAGGCUACGAUCACAAGAACUAUAUUGUUCUUCUGUUAAGUCCACACUUAAGUUUUAUUUUGUAGCCUGUGCUAGUGUUAGCAUGUAGCUUUAACACAGUAUAACCAAACAGAAAGUUAUGAGUUUGUUUGGUUUUCAUCUACAUAUAACUGUAUUAUAUUUUUUUCAGCCUUCUUCAGAGACGAGCGCCAGCGCUAAACGCUAGGUAUGCUUGGAAAGCUAAUACUGUAAACGGACAAGCUAACGCACUGUUUUGAGUGAAAUUCAGUGCAAAGAUGAACUGACUUCUCCUGCUUUCACUAGGCAUGUAGAUCUAAUAGUCCCUAGAGCAUUGUAUUACUAUUAUAUUUGGACUCUUGAUAGUCAAAUGUACAAAAUGAAUGUUUGUUCUGACAGCAGCAGGUGCUCCACGUCCAGAGGAAGUUUCCCCAGGAUGUUCCCUUCAUAUGUUUCCUUCCCCUUCAAGAACAAUCUCUUCUGCUCUUUCCUGAGAACAUCCCUGAGUAAAUAUUGUUUGUUUUAUGACUCCUUUGCAAAUCUCUCCACUCUAAGCCCUUGUGUGUACAGUAUGUGUGAGAAGUGUUCGUGUGUGAAAGCAUCUGGGGAUGGUAAGUAGAAAAUGGCCUCAUAAGAUCAAAGAGCUUUGAAAUAUUCUCCACCGCCCAUGAAAAUGACUUCCAGAAUCAACAUGCUUUUGUUCUUUGGAAACUGGUUAAAGUGGUGAGUUCAACAGUAAAAGUACAUUGUUUUAGUGUAUGUUGAUCAUAUAAUGGCCUGUUAUAGUCUACUUUUAAUGUGGUUGUUGUUGCUAUGUAUUUAAAAUCUUAACCUGAUUUUAAACUUCUAUAUACUACUUUUCAAAAGUUAGCAUUUUUAUUCAGCAGGUUUACCAAAACGGUCGGGAAAUGUGUUCUAAUGUUAAAAAAGAUUUCCAUUUCAAAUAAACAGUUUUAUUCAUAAAGCAAAAUAUACUGUGUAUAUGUAUAUAUAUUUGCAUUUGAUUCUAUGCAACAUUAAUACUUUGUACAAAGAAAUAUAAAAUAGGUGCAAAAAGCUGUGAGAAUGUUCAUUUAUAAAUGUUUAUUUACCUUUACAAAUCUGUCAUUUUAUACACUGAAAACUACUUUCACAGUAACACAUUGAACAUUUUUACUGUAUAUGGUUUUAUUAAAAGAGUGUGUAGUUGUUGGU